AUGCUUAGGCUCACAAUAGGCCAUCCAUUAUUCGCUCGGUUAGUUGUGCCUCUGGUCAUAUCGAUUAGGGCUUGGCGUGUUUCAGCACGGCUUUGGCCCCUGUUCUGCCUGACUCGAUUCGACGAGAUGUGGCCUUUGAUGGCCAGAUGGACGGAUGAGAUCUCUUUUUCUAGCGUGAGGCCUCAUGCAUCAAAACAAACCGGUCGAUUGGGCUGUGAGUUAUUUAUGGCCGUUAUUGCAGCAACAUUUCUUUCCGUGCCUAGAAAAAUUCCAAAUUUAGUUCCCGAGUCCUACAAAUCACAUGAACCUGCCUGGAUUACAGCUACGUUAAACUGGUGCCGCCCUGCAGGUUCCACCUUUGCAGAUAUCGACUCGUCCUCCUCUCCAUUCUUGUCAUGGCCUCUCCCACCUUCUGAUAUUUGGCGCCGAGUAUUCUCUGAUAUUUGGUGCCAGCACCACUUUCCCCCAGAACAGCAGCAGCGGCAACACCAAGGCCAACCGAUUGAACUUUGUGCCUCUCAAGCAUUGGCCCGAAAACUUGAUGCUCUCUUGGCUGGCAGUCCGCUACCAGAGGAACCGACCUGUUUACAGUCAUCAAAUCCUUCUUUAAUGAAAGAGAAGCAUCAGCAGCCAUUUAGUAAGCAGCGAGAAGCUCAAAAUUGUAGCCUCGAUGGCAUUCACCCGAAUUGUUGGACAUCGGGAGUUGCUGGGUCACCAGGUCUCAUCUCUCAAGUUGAUCUUGGGCGACUUCUUGCCGGCCUCUGUCUAACAACGCCUCAUGCUCGGCUGGCUGAUGCCCUUGCGGCAGGCUAUCUUGCUUGGCGUAGGUUGGCAGGACUAACGGCUCGACUAUACGCCGACACAUGCCUACUGGCCGGAGGCUUGGCCGAGGCUAAGGCCACUGCUGAUCAGAUGGCCUGUCGUCUAGCUGGCCUUGAGGCAUAUGCUGAACGCUCACAGCAAACCGAUUUCCUGUCCGACUUGGCCACCCAGAUCUGGCAAGUUCUUGCCCAGGUGAGUUAUCCAAUCUAUGAAUUUAAUUAUAACUAUAAACAGAGCUUUAGGAUGAUAUUCAUCGGUAAUGCGUUCUGA